CCACCACGCGCCACCAAACUGCCCGCACUGAGAGUGCGCAAGUGCCGCCUCCUCUUUUACGACCUGCCAGAAAGUAGCCGUCGCAGACGGCGCCGCGCUGAGCUGGGCCACCAUGGGGAAAAUCGCGCUGCAGCUCAAAGCGACGCUGGAGAACGUCACGAACCUCCGUCCUGUGGGCGAGGACUUCCGGUGGUACCUGAAGGAUUGGACUGACUAUGAUGAGAAGGCUCAAGAGUCUGUGGGAAUCUACGAGGUCACUCACCAGUUUGUGAAGUGCUGAACUCUCUUCCUACACACUUGGUCUUAAGAAUAAGAGGAAACAAAGUGCCCCAAGCAGCAGCACUCAUAGAGACUGACUCCUUCAUCCUUCAUCUCCUAGUUGCUGUAGAGAGCCCUCAUAACCUGCAUGCUGGGGUUUGUCAUGGUUCCCAAGUCGCAUCAAUAAAACCCCUGUUUGUAUCACA